AUGGUCAAUGGUUUGUACGAUGCAAGCAAGAACGGUCUUCUCGCCUAUCCGGAGGAUGGCACGAACAGAACCGAGUGGUUGCUCGAGGGUCCGUACUCAGCGCAAAGCAAGAUCUUGGUGGAUCAGCAAUUCUGGACUGCUGAGACAGAGAAGGCUCUCUGCAAAAUCGCCGCUGGCGAUGCAAACGGCAUGAAGGACAACAUAGAGUUCCACAACCAGCAGCUGAAAAACAGCGUCAGCAUCGUUCGCAUGCAGCUCACAAAGAAUCAGCGAGUUCUGAUGGGAGCGCUGAUUGUCUUGGAUGUCCACGGCAUCACGGUGCUCGAGAACCUUAUGGAAGCAGGCACAAACAGCUUGAAUGAUUUCGAUUGGAGCAAGCAGUUGCGCUACUACUGGGUGCCAGAGUCCGAGGAGGUGGAAACCUCCCUGAUCAACAUGGUCUCGGAUGACUGCGUCUGCCGACAAACCAUUGCCUGCUUCAAGUACUCGUACGAGUAUCUGGGAAACACUCCCCGCUUGGUUGUCACACCCUUGACCGACAAGUGCUACAUGACCUUGACAGGCGCAAUGCACUUAAAUUAUGGUGGCGCACCCGCUGGUCCAGCCGGCACAGGAAAGACAGAGACCACAAAGGACUUGGGUAAAGCCCUGGCUGUACCGGUCGUGGUGUUCAACUGUUCCGAUGGCCUCGACUACAAAAUCAUGGGCCGCUUCUUUUCAGGUCUUGCCCAAGCAGGAGCAUGGGCCUGCUUCGACGAGUUCAAUCGCAUCCAGGUCGAAGUCCUCAGCGUGAUUGCGCAACAGAUGUUGACAGUGACACAGGCUAUCCGGCAGCGAAAAGAAGUUUUCGAGUUUCUUGGCAACGAGAUCCCUUUGAAUCGACGCUUCGGGGUCUACAUCACCAUGAACCCUGGAUAUGCCGGACGAGCUGAGCUUCCGGACAACCUCAAAGCGCUCUUCCGCCCAGUCGCCAUGAUGGUGCCAGACUACGGGCUGAUUGCAGAGAUCAUUCUGUAUUCAGAGGGUUUCAAUGCGGCCAAGAUGCUUGCUCGGAAGAUGGUGAACCUCUAUCGGCUUUCCUCUGAGCAGCUUUCGAAACAGGAUCACUAUGAUUUUGGCAUGCGAGCCGUGAAGUCAGUUCUGGUAAUGGCUGGACACCUCAAGCGCCAGAACCCAGAUCUGGAAGAGAAUGUGACGCUCAUCCGCGCCCUCCGUGAUUCCAACGCACCCAAGUUCCUGUCUUUCGAUCUUCCGCUUUUCAGUGGCAUUAUCUCAGACUUGUACCCUGAUGUGGUCAUUCCAGAUGUGGACUAUGGAAAGUUGAAGACGGAAAUCGAAAACCAGUUGCGCUUGGUCAACUUGCAGGUAGUUCCUUCCUUCCUGACCAAGAUCACGCAGCUCCUUGAGACACAACUUGUGAGGCAUGGCGUCAUGUUGGUGGGCUUGACGAUGACGGGGAAGUCCACGAACUCCAACAUCCUGGCAAAGACUCUUACGCAGCUGAAGAAGGACGGUUCGACGGAUCCGGCCCACCAGCUCACCAAGAUCUUCUUCUUGAAUCCCAAGAGUAUCACCAUCGAGGAGCUCUACGGGUCCUUCAAUGAAAACACAGGUGAGUGGAAGGACGGCCUGGUGGCGAUCCUGGUCCGCGAAGCAGUCAGUGACACGUCAGACAACAAGAAAUGGGUGAAUUUCGAUGGCCCAGUUGAUGCGAUCUGGAUCGAGAACAUGAACACAGUGCUGGAUGACAACAAGAUGUUGUGCCUGUCCAAUGGAGAGCGGAUCAAACUCCCUCCAAGCAUGACCGUGAUGUUCGAGGUGAACGAUCUGGCAGUAGCAUCGCCUGCCACGGUGAGCCGAUGUGGCAUGGUUUACCUCGAGCCGGUUCACCUGGGUUGGAAGCCGCUCAUCCAGACAUGGGUGGAAAAGUUCCAGGUGAAGUUCCCGGAGUUCGCCAAGGACAUCGGGAAAUGGGCAACAUCCGUCUGCGAAGAGGCCCUCCCGUACAUUCGGGAAGAGUGCCAGGAAGCUCCUGGAAUACCGAGCAUGGAUGCAAACCUGGUGCAGGCUUACCUGAGAAUGCUAACUGCAUUCAUCUCGGAGCCCCAUCAGCUCGUGCCAGAAGGUGACGGAGCCAAGCCGCUGAAGGCUGACGAGGAUGCGAAGAAGCUGGUUCGAAUCUACACGGCGAUGUCCGCCAUCUGGUCUCUUGGAGCGAACCUCCACGAAAACUCGCGAUCCAAGUUUGUCGCCCGGAUUCGACCGCGGCUUCAGCUGUUCUGUCCAGAGGUUCCGGACAGUGGUGAUCUCUACAUGUUGGCCGUCAACGACGAUGAUGGAAGAAUCCAUCCGCUCGCCGACAUCGUCCCAACAUUCAAUUUUAAUCCGCAGGAGCCUUUCUUCAACAUCUUGGUCAAUACUCCCGAGACCGUUGGGCAACGAAUGCUGGUUGAAAACUUGAUGGCGGCGAACUUCAACGUGCUUUUCUCCGGAGAGACAGGUGUUGGCAAGUCGGUUGUCAUCCAGCAGUUCCUGAACACGGCGGGCGAGCUCUUUGCAACCGCAAGUGCCAACUUCAGCGCCCAAACGAGCACUGCUAAUGUUGUGGACCAAUUUGAGAACCGGCUCGAGCGGAAGCGCAAGACGCUGCUGGGCGCUCCUCCGGGCACCACGAUGAUCUUUUUCGUGGAUGAUGUCAACAUGCCCAUGCUUGAGUUUUAUGGUGCCCAGCCUCCAAUUGAGCUACUGCGACAGGUGAUUGACUACGGCGGCUUUUACGACAAGAAGAAGCUUUUCUGGAAACAGGUGGCUGACACUCAAUUCAUCUGCGCUUGCGGCCCACCUGGUGGAGGCCGCAUGGCCGUGACGCCCAGGCUGUUCCGCCACUUCAACAUGAUCUGGAUCCCGGUACACCACUCAACACAAGCUGAACAGGUCGUGAUGAACGGCGGCGGACCUUGGUACGGUUCAAAUUCAGGUAGCUACAGUGGAGAUGGUGGGUUCGGCGGAGACUAUGCAUCCGGCAGCUAUGGGUACGGAGGCUAUGGCAAUGGCUAUGGUGACUCCUGGGAGGGAGGAAAGGGCAUGAAGGGUGCAGGCAAAGGUGGUGGAAAGGGUGCAACGAUGUAUACCGGAGACUAUUCGUCCGGCAACUAUGGCUACGGAAGCUACGGCGAUGGUUAUGGUGACUCCUGGGAAGGCAAGUUCUACAUGCAGGGAAACCGUGGUGAUACCUACUCUCAUGGCGAUGGUGGUUCUGGAAGCAAGGACUGGUCAUGCGCGACUGCUCCUGCACAGAAGUCUGCCAUGUGUCCCGGCUACAACGACUGGGGAAAUGAUUGGGACGCGCAGGACGCAUCCGCGCAGAGGCGGAUGGAUCGCAAAGACCGUGACGUCGAAGAAGAGUUGCUGGCAGAAGAGAUGGAAGAGAUGGAGCGCAUAGACCAAGGGCAGCGAGACAAUGACAACGCAAGCGAGGCCGGCAGCGAUGCUUUGCCACCACCAGCAACAGAGGGGGAGAUUCAAGAAGCCCGGGAGAUUUUCAGGAAAGCGCAGGAAGAUCUCAAAGAGCGCAACCGGAUGAAGGAAAUGGUCAAGGGUGCGAACCAGAGUGAUCUACAGGCCAUGAUCAAUGCACGGCUGGCCAAAAGGUUGGAAAAAGUUGCAGACAGAUUUCUGAAGCCUGCUUUGGUCUUGCUAGUCUCGCACUUGUGUCUGCACAGUGGCUGGCUCGGUGUCAACAAGCCGGACCUGCAGGAGCUUUCGGUUCCAGUCAUCACCGCAACAGUGAAGAUGUUCUUCCAGAUCUCAAAGGACUUGCUACCGACACCGGUGAAAUGUCAUUACACCUUCAAUCUUCGCGACCCCGCAAAGAUGGUGCAGGGGAUGCUCAUGGUGGAUGUGAAGACCUCGCUGAAAAGCAACCAGGACCUCAUAGAUCUGUUCUUACACGAGAGCUGCCGGGUCUUCCGAGACCGUCUCAUUGAUGAUGUCGACCGAGACUGGUUCAAUUCCAUGAUUGCAGACAAGCUGAACGCUGAAAUUGCCGGUGCUGCGAAGAUUGAUCAGUUCAAAGAUAUCAUAUUCGGUGAUUUCCUGACACGGGGUGGCGAUGUGAACCCUUACCAGAAGGCAGACAGUGAACAGAAAUGUGUGAACAUAUUCCAAGAGAUGCUGGACGACUACAACAAUCUCAUGCCGACCAAGAUGAACAUCGUCUUCUUCCGUGAUGCAUGCAUGCAUCUGGCGAGGGCAACAAGAACCAUCCGACAGCCUCGUGGAAACUUGCUUAUGGUCGGAGUGAGUGGCGUUGGGCGGAAGUCCAUAGCCCGCAUUGCUGCUCACAUGGCAGACUUCCAGUGUUUCUCCAUUGAGAUUACACGGACGUAUGGUGCCAACGAUUUCAAAGAAGACUUGAAGAACAUCAUGAACGGCGUUGCGAAAGGAGGAGGCAAAGGUGUUGUCUUCCUCUUUUCGGACACGCAGAUUGUCAAGGAGUCCUUCUUGGAAGACAUCAACAACAUUCUGAACACUGGUGAGGUGCCGAACCUCUUUGCACCUGAUGAGCUGGAGGGUGUGAUUGGUCUGAUGCGGCCUUUGGCCAAGGCCGCCGGGAAGCCAGAGACGCGAGAUGCAAUUUGGCAGUAUUUCGUGCAGGUUAUUCGGGAGAACUUGCACAUCGUCUUGGCCUUCUCGCCGAUUGGUGAAGGCUUCCGAGCACGAUGCCGACAAUUUCCAUCCAUCAUCAACUGCGCAACGAUCGACUGGUUCAGUCCAUGGCCUGCUGAUGCACUGUAUUCCGUGGCCGUUCGCUACUAUUCGCAAGCUCCGAAAGAGCUGGGCCUGGAGUCUCUGGUGGACCAGCUCUCAAAGGUCUCGCAGUACAUGCACAGCACUUCGAAAGAUGCCGCAGAGGACUUCUUCGAAAGCCUGCGAAGAAGAACGUACAUGACUCCAACUUCCUACUUGGAGCUCAUUGGCCUCUUCACAGACCUGGUGGGCAAAAAGCGUGGGGAGCUGACCACAAAGCUGGAACGCUACACCAUUGGCUCCAAGACGCUGAACGAGACCAAGUCUGUUGUGGACGAUCUGAAGGCAUCCUUGGCCAAGAUGCAGCCUACGAUCGAGCAGGCGAAGAAAGAUACUGCAGAGCUCAUGGUGAAGGUUCAAGCAGAUCAGGCGAUUGCAAAAGAGAAGAGCGAGGCAUGUGCCGUUGACGAGAAAGCUGCCUCGGAAGCUGCAGCGGAGGCCAAUGGAAUAAAGGCCGACUGCCAGAAAGACCUCGACGAGGCAUUGCCCGAGUAUUAUGCGGCAAUCAAAUCGCUUGAUUCCCUCGACAAGAAGGACAUUCAAGAGGUCAAGUCGUUUGCCAAGCCUCCGCCUCUAGUAGAGGUUGUUUUGAGUGCGGUAUGUCUGUUGAUGGGCCAGAAAGAGAGCUGGGACGAUGCCAAGAAGCUCAUGAACGACACGAAGUUCCUAGACAAUCUGAAGACCUACGACAAGGAUGCCUUGGCCAACAACGCCAAGUUGACCCAAAAGUUACAGAAGUACAUCAAGAGGGAAGACUUCGUGGCCGAAAAGGUCAAAAGCGUGUCUUCUGCCGCCAUGUCGCUCUGCAUGUGGGUGCGGGCUAUGGACGUCUAUGGGCGCGUCUCACGGGAAAUCGAACCGAAGAAGGCGAAGCUAAAGGUUGCAGAAGACUCUCUGGCAGCUGCUGAAGAGAAGCUGGCCAUCAAGAAGGCUGAAUUGAAGCUGGUGAUGGACAAUGUAGCCUCCCUGGAGGCCCAGCUUGCUGCGGCCCAGCGCAAGGCUGCCCAACUGGAAGCGGAUGCAGAGGAUUGCGUGAUCAAGCUAGACCGUGCUGAAAAGCUGCUUGCUGGUCUGGGGAAUGAGAGUGUGCGCUGGAAUGCUGCCAGUGAGGUGUUGGAGAAGAACCUGAAGUUUGUGAUUGGAAACAUUGUCCUUGCAGGUGGUUUCAUUGCGUACACAGGGCCUUUUACGGCAGAAUUUCGCCGUAGUUUGGUGGCCAAGUGGAAGCAGCAGGCAGAUGGGGUAGGUCUCCUUUGCGAUCCCAACUGGAAGGCCGCAGAUGUUCUGGUCGACCCGGCAGAGGUUCGCAUGUGGAACAUCCAAACUCUCCCCUCGGACGAUCUGUCGGUGGAGAACGGCCUCAUGGUGACGCGCGGAAGACGGUGGCCCCUCAUGGUGGAUCCGCAGGGUCAAGCCAACCGCUGGGUUCGCAACAUGGGCAAGGAGAACAAUAUCAUUAUCACGAAGCUCUCCGAUGGCACGUACCUUCGCAAGCUAGAAUCGUGCAUACGCAACGGCCACUCCAUCCUCAUCGAAAAUGUGGAAGAGGUAUUGGACCCUGCACUCGAGCCUGUGCUGACGAAAGCACUUUUCAAGAGAGGGGGGCAGCUGUUGCUUCGUUUGGGAACCGAAGAUGUGCCAUACGACGAGAAUUUUGCCUUCUAUGUCACGACUAAGAUGGCCAAUCCUCACUACUUGCCCGAGGUUUGCAUCAAGGUCACCGUCAUCAACUUCACCGUCACUCUUCUGGGCCUAGAGGAGCAGCUCGUGGCCGAAGUCGUCGGAAAUGAGCGGCCGGACUUGGCGCAACAGCGCCAAGAGCUUGUCGUGCAAAUUGCAGCCGACAAGAAAACCCAGGACGAUCUGGAGCAGCUCAUCCUCAAACUGCUGGCUGAGGCUGGUGGCGACGUCUUGAAGGACGACACCCUGAUCGUCACCUUGGACCAGUCAAAGCGAACUGGAUUGGAAUGCCAGGAACGGAUGCAAGUGGCCGACAAGGCGAUGACGGAAAUCGAUGCAGUUCGGGAGAAGCUGAGACCCGUUGCGACAAGGGCAUCGAUUCUCUACUUCGUGGUAGCCGACUUGGCGAACAUCGAUCCCAUGUACCAGUACAGCCUCGAGUUCUUCGUCCUCCUCUUCCAGGGCAGGUUGCGUGAUGCGGAACAGUCUGAGGACAUCAACAAACGCAUCGACAUCCUUGUGGACGACUUCACGAGGUUCAUCUUCUUGAACAUCUGCCGUGGCUUGUUCGAGGACCACAAAUUGCUCUUCUCCUUCCUCAUCACCGUUCAGAUCCUGAGAAACGAGGUUCACUCGAAAUUCCUCAACAAGAUCACCAUCAAGUUUGCCCCCCAGGUCAAGCGCAGGCCAACAGAGUGGCUCUUCUUCCUGCGCAAUGCCGAAGCAGGUAAAGGCGUUCUAGAGGACGGUGAGAUCAGCGUCGCUUGCCCCGCCUGGGUGGACAAAACUGCUUGGGUGAAGUUGGACGUACUGGAGCGACUGACGGCACACAACGGCGAGAUGCAGUUUGUGGGUCUUAAAGAGGCAAUCGCACAUGACAGCGGCUGGAAGGCUUUCUGUCGAAGUGAUGACAUGUACCAGCAACCCAUGCCGAAGCCUUGGGACAAGAAGCUCACUGCAUUCCAGCAAGCUCUGGUCAUCAAGAGCAUGCGAGAGAACUUCUUGAACUUCGUGGCUCGGAAUGUUGUCUUCCAUGAACUGGGCCAACUCUUCAUUGAGUCACCGCCCUUCAACUUGGCGAGUUGCUACGCAGAUUCGGUGGCCACAAUGCCCUUGAUCUUUGUACUCUCUGCCGGUGCUGAUCCCACCGAGUACUUGCUGACCCUGGCUGCCGAGAAAGGAUACACCGAGAAGUUGCAUUUCAUUUCCCUGGGCCAGGGACAGGGACCCAAAGCCGAAGCUUUGAUCAAGCUAGGAUGGGACACGGGAGACUGGGUCUGCCUCCAGAACUGCCACCUUGCGGACAGCUGGAUGCCAAGGCUGGAAGCAAUCCAAGAGUCACAAGUGCCGGACAAGAUCAAUCCCGACUACAGGCUGUGGCUGACGAGCAUGCCAUCUCCCAAAUUCCCUGUUCCGGUCUUGCAAAGUGGCAUCAAGAUCACGAAUGAGCCUCCAAAGGGUUUGCGAGCCAACUUGGGUCGUACCUACCAAGACAUUGGCGAGGAUGUCUUUGAAAGCUGCCCUUCCAAGCCAGCCGAGUUCAAGAAGCUUCUGUUUGGGCUUGCUUUCUUCCAUGCAGUGAUUCUUGAACGUCGAAAGUUCGGCCCGAUUGGUUGGAACAUUCCCUAUGAAUGGAUGGACUCGGACUUUCAGGUCUCUCGAGAGCAGGUCCGCAUGUACCUGGUGUCCCAGCCAGACGUUCCAUGGAUCACGCUGCGGUACAUCAUUGCGGAAGUGAACUAUGGAGGGCGAGUAACUGACGACAAGGACGUGAGGCUCAUCUCUGCAGUGCUCAAGGGCUACUUCGGCGAGAGGAUUCUGGAGAAAGGCUUCAAAUUUGCAAACCUCCAAGAAUAUUGGAUUCCUGAAGAGGGAAGCCUGCAGGAAACCAGAGACUAUCUCAAGUCAUUGCCUAUGGAUGAGGACCCCCGCAUUUUCGGGCUGCACCCAAAUGCGCUCAUCACAGCCCAGUUCAACCAGGCCAAGAAGUUCCUGGAUACAGUUGUCAGCGUUCAGCCCCGCAUUUCCUCGGGUGGCGGUGGCAAGAAGCCAGAAGAAAUUGUUGCGGAUAUGGCGCAGGAGUUCUUGCAACGAAUUCCAGACGCGGUGAAGAGCAAGAUGGCCCACGCCGAAACCUACAAAAAGACUCCUCAAGGCGGGAUCGUCUCCGUUGGUGUCUUCCACAGCCAGGAAUAUGCCCGCAUCGAGAAGCUCAUCAAGGUGGUCAAGUCCAGCCUGGUCAUGCUGGGCAAGGCCAUCAAAGGUACGGUGCUCAUGUCGGCGGAGCUGGAGGGAAUGUUCAACGCCUUCCAGGAGCAAAAGGUCCCAGGCAAUUGGGGAAAGGUUGCAUAUCCCUGCCUGAAGCCGCUGAACUCCUGGGUGGUAGACUUCAUUGCCCGCAUCGGCUUCUUGGUGAAGUGGCUGGUCGAAGGGCCGCCGUUGAGCUACUGGAUUUCCUGCUUCUUCUUUCCACAGGGCUUCAUGACAGCGGCCCUGCAGCUGCACGCGAGGAAGACGAAGAUUCCCAUCGACACCCUCGAGUUUUUCUCUGAAGUCACCGCCGUGCAAGACAGCACAACAGUGCAAUCGCCACCUCCGAACGGCGUCAACAUUCAUGGGCUCUUCCUUCAAGGAUGUGGUUGGGACAUGUCCAAGGGCUUGCUGAAAGAGUCCGACAAGGACGUCGUGUUCGUUGAGAUGCCAGUCAUCCACCUAGAGCCACUGGCGAUCACAGACAGCUCCAAGCGAGUGAUCGACGGAAAUCUGUACAUGUGCCCGAUCUACAAAACAUCUGAGCGCAAGGGGACAUUGUCCACUACCGGCCAUUCGACCAACUUUGUGAAGUUUUUCCCGUUGAGCCAAGACGAGGCAGACACCGCCCACUGGAUUGCACGAGGAGUGCCUCGGAUUGGACAAGACCUCUCCUUGAUUCUUGGGGGCUGA